AUGGCUUCUCAAGUUGUUAAUGAUGUUGCUACCAAGGGCUUCAACGAUGCGCAGUCUUAUGACACGCACCGACCCUCUUACCCUCCAGAGUCUGUCAGUAGUCUCCUUGGGCACCUGGGGCUCGAGGGUAAACCUGGUAGCAGGGUCCUUGACCUCGCGGCCGGUACCGGCAAGUUCACCGAGCUGCUGGCUGCGAGACCCGAGGGGUACGAGAUUGUGGCCGUAGAGCCUCUCGACUCUAUGCGGUACAACCUAGCGGCGAAGAAACUCCCCAAUGUGGACGUCCGAGGCGGGACGGCGGCUGAGAUGAAGGAUGUGGAGGAUGCGUGGGCGGACGGGUGUAUCGUGGCUCAGGCAUUUCACUGGUUCGCCAAGGAAGAAGCUCUCCAAGAGAUUCACCGGGUCCUCAAGCCCGGCACCAAGCUUGGUCUGAUCUGGAAUGCCGAAGACUACAACCGCCCGGAGAGCUGGCCCCCAUCCACUCAAUGGGAGCACGAGCUGAGCGAGCUCAACUUCAACGAAAAGGCUGACAAGGAGCCUCGCUUCCGGCACUUGCUCUGGAAGAAGGUGUUUGAGCGUCAGGCUCAAGCAGAGUCGCCGUUCUUCACAACGCCUAUCGAGACUCAAAAGAUCAAGUGGUCGGUGUGGCUGACUCCGGAGGCUCUCUGGGACCGGGUGAACACGCUUAGCUGGAAUGCGAUCCGUGAGGGAGAAGAGAGGCGAGUUUUUAGAGAAAAGUUUGACAAGAUCGUCAAGGAAGGCGAUGGGACUUUUAAUGACAAGGGCGAGAUUGAGGUCCAUGGGUGCACGUUCUUUGCAUGGACCACACGUCUGGAGGGAGCUGUGCGUUCUUGAAUGGGAAUAGGCACAUGUCUUUUGGAUGAGGAUCAAUCAGGUUUUCAUUAUGAAUUAAGCGUUCAUGAGUCUGCCGAAAUGUACAUAACUAUAGGUGUGGUCAGCUCGAUGGCCUCAAUGAAGGCUAGAGAAUGAAUACUCACCGUUGUUUCCUCUCACAAAGGCGUCACCGUACUCUCUGCGCUUCUGUCCGUUGACAAACUCGGUAGUCUUUUCCAAAGCAAUGUUCAUGUAUCCAU